CCCGGGGCGGGCUAGCGGUCCCGGCCGCCGUGGAAAUUUCCAAGGACUUGGCGCGUCUAGGGGGCGGCGUGGGGCGGCUGGGGGGGCUGCCUGGCGGCUCAGCAGAGCAGGAGGCGGGGAGAGGCGGUGAAGGGCGCAGGAGCAUCGCUCGGAAGGGGACGCCGCGGGCCAGAUGUCUGGGAGGGAGCCGAGCCUCUCCCCGGACCCACGCCGAGGGCGACGGUGAUGCUGCAGAACCGGCGGGAGCAACACCUCGCCGCCGCCCCCCCGCUUCCCCGCGCUCUCGGAGACCCAGGCGCCCGCCUUCUGCAGGGAGAAACGACCAUGGCCGUAGCUCGUGACUUGCUCCCCGGCCACUUACCCUAGCAAGACAUCCUUGGAAAAGUUGCAUUGGAAAAAAAUAUCUUUGCGCUGACCUUUGGGGUUCUGGGCGCCCAAGGAGCGGGCGUCCCAGUGCGUGCAAGAAAGCGGAAGGUGUGUGUGCAUGGGGGGCCGGCGGUGGGGGAACCCUCCGCUGCCGCUGCGCCUAGCCUGGUGCUGAGGCUCCGGCCCUCGCCCCCAACCCCCACCCCGGGACCCCGGGGCUGCGAUGAGCCCCUGCGGGCGGGCCCGGCGACACACAUCCAGAGGGGCUAUGGCCGUCCUGGCGUGGAAGUUCCCGCGGACCCGGCUGCCCGUGGGAGCCAGUGCCCUCUGCGUUGUGGUCCUCUGUUGGCUCUACGUCUUCCCUGUCUAUCGGCUGCCGGACGAGAAGGAGAUCGUACAGGGAGUCCUGCAACAGGGCACUGCGUGGAGGAGGAACCGGACGGCGGCCGGAAUCUUCAGGAAACAGAUGGAAGACUGCUGCGACCCCGCCCAUCUCUUUGCUAUGACUAAAAUGAAUUCCCCCAUGGGGAAAAGCCUGUGGUACGAUGGGGAGUUUUUAUACUCAUUCACCAUUGACAAUUCAACUUAUUCUCUCUUCCCCCAGGCAACCCCAUUCCAGCUGCCCUUGAAGAAAUGCGCGGUGGUGGGAAAUGGUGGGAUUCUGAAGAAGAGUGGCUGUGGCCGUCAAAUAGAUGAAGCAGAUUUUGUCAUGCGGUUUCAGAACCUGCUGUGGUCCAGAAAGACGUUUGUGGACCACAUGAAGGUCUAUAACCACAGUUACAUCUACAUGCCUGCCUUUUCUAUGAAGACGGGAACAGAGCCAUCCCUCCGGGUUUAUUACACACUGUCAGAUGUUGGUGCCAAUCAAACAGUGCUCUUUGCCAACCCCAACUUUCUGCGUAGCAUUGGGAAGUUCUGGAAAAGUAGGGGAAUUCACGCCAAGCGCCUGUCCACAGGACUCUUUCUGGUGAGCGCAGCCCUGGGCCUCUGUGAAGAGGUGGCCAUCUAUGGCUUCUGGCCCUUCUCUGUGAAUAUGCAUGAACAGCCCAUCAGCCACCACUACUAUGAUAAUGUCCUACCCUUUUCUGGCUUUCAUGCCAUGCCGGAGGAAUUUCUUCAACUCUGGUAUCUUCAUAAAAUUGGUGCACUGAGAAUGCAGUUAGACCCAUGUGAGGACACUUCACUCCAGCCCACUUCCUAGGGACUGUGGAAAAAGAAAGGACUGAGCCAGGGUAUUUUUGUUAGGUUUUCUACAUAACUUCAAAAGGAAAUGAUCAGGUCAUUUCAUGGAUUUGCACGGACAACUUGGAAAAAAAUGACAACAGAAACCCAAGGGAAACUCUACUUUCACUGUUGGCUUGGAAGACAAAAAAAAAGAAGUGAACCAUCCCAUGAAAUAUUUGGCACAUGGUGGAUUUGCAACUAGUAACAUGCUGAUGAAGUGAUGCUGGUAAAGCACAUUUACAUGAGAAGGUACAGUUCACAAACUAGACAAAACUAGUUAUUGAAGCUGAGGAAUUAAGGUAGAUUAAGUGAAAUGCCAGAGUAGAAGUGUUAGUGGUUAUCAACCUGAACUGACUUAGUUUAAAAAAAAAAAAAAGCUAUCUUAAUCAGACUAACAUUAGAACUCUAGGUUUUUAAAAAAUUCUUACUUAAUUUUGCCCUAUUUAAGGGCAGUGAGUAGGUGAUGGGGUACAUUGUUUUAAAAUCCCUUACUGAGUAAUAUGGAUACAAGACACUACAGCUGAUAAUUGUAAUUUGUUGAACCAAGUCUUUGUUAACUAGAGUUCCCCUCCCUUCCAUUAAAAAAAUUGUUAAAUAAGAAUUACUCCCUUCCCUUUUGUCAAGUCCACUUAGACAAUGUGGAACAUUGUUGAAUUUAGAUUGUGUUGGUUCAUUGUCAGGAGGACGAAUCACUUUCCCUCCUCAGAAUGUAGGGCAUAAACUCAAUUUUAGGUCUGCUUUAUGCAAGCCUAUUUGCAUUAUUAUUGUGUGUGCUCAGUUGCUCAGUUGUGUCCUACUCUCUGUGACCCCAUGGACCAUAGCCUGCCAGACUUCUC